AUGACCUUGUCCGAGCGCUUCACUCUUCACUCAAUCGUCUUGUAUCUGGUACAGCGGAGAUUUUCACUUCAGUUUUCAUAAAGUUUUCGCCAUAAUCCUACCGUAGUUUGAAGAAAAUUGCUAAAAACCGGCGAUUUUUGGGAGAUUUUAGCUCAAAAAGGGGGAAAUUAUUUUGAAAUUUGUUGCUAUUUUACAAUACUAUUAAAUUUCGAACAGUUUUGGAGUUUUUAUUACCUAAAAAUCCUAUUUCUUCCCAUUCAAAUAAAGCCCCAUCGAUUCGUUCGUCCUCGCCGCCGUGCCAACCAUAGCUCAGUUGGUAGAGCGGAGGACUGUAGUUCAGCGGAAAUCCUUAGGUCGCUGGUUCGAAUCCGGCUGGUUGGAAUUGCCUUUUGCCGCCGGUUUUCAUUCAUUUUUCGCUGAUGCCGGGUCGGUUAAGUUAAUCCGGAGAAAUUGUACCCCUAGGGAGUUAAUAGCGUGCGUAUUUUUUAAUUGGGGCCCUCGGAAAAUUAGCAAAAUUGGCCUAAAACUGGGGAGAAAGGGGGUUGCUUGGAGUGUAAUAUUUUGGUGAAAUUAGAAGUCCAGAUUGUAUAAAAUGAUGUUUGAAAGACCCGAGUGUUUGCUGUUGGUCAAUUUAUCAACAUAUUCGUCAAAAUUCUUGUUAUUUUUACAAAACAUAAGCUGUGUCUGUGAGUCCCGCCACGAAAACAAACAGUGAUUGGCAUUGCGCGUCAGCCGUUCCGAACAGAAAAAAGCGCGCGAGUCUCUGACCAUUCGCCCGUUCCAAAUCAUCAUUCUGCUUCGGUUCGUGCGGCUUUUGACAGUGUUUUUUGUAUUUACAAGCUGCAAGAUUUUUUUAACUUUAUCCUUGUUCUUCGCGAAUUUUCGGUGUUUUUCUGAUCUUUCCUAAUUUUUCUCAUUAUUUGCAGGUUGUUUUCAUUCCUCUGACCACUCCGUUCGAAUCCAAAAUGGUAGGUUGAAGAUUUUGUUUCGUUUUUAUAUUGUUUUAGGGACUUCGGGAUGUUACACGGAGAAGGUGCAAAUACCAAUUUUUGUCUGAAAUUGGCAUGUGAGCAUAAAUGGAUAAGCAAGACUGUAGUUUUACCUAGCAAAAGAGAUAGUUUCGCGUUCUUGGGGCUUUGAUUUUGAAGUUUACUGGGCGUUUUUUGCUGGUCGCACCUAAUUUUUGAUGGUGAAUUAAAAUUUUACAAAUCCCAAGAGUUUUACGCUCUAAUUUGAAGUUUGGGAAAUUUGGAGACUUUCUGUAAACCCGAUAUUGUCUUAUGGAAGAAUUUUUUCCAUAAAUUACCUAUAAAUACUCGCUUUUCAGAGAGAAGUUAUCUCCAUCCACGUUGGACAAGCCGGUGUUCAAAUCGGAAAUGCCUGUUGGGAGCUCUACUGCAUGGAGCACGGCAUUCAGCCUGAUGGACGCCUGCCCAGUGAUGCUCAAGCCACCGGAGACGAUUCGUUCUCCACCUUCUUCUCAGAGACCGGGAACGGAAGAUACGUGCCCCGAGCCGUGCUGGUCGAUUUGGAGCCAACUGUCAUCGGUAGGUCUUUGUGUUUUGUUGUGUUCUUGGUCUUUAGGUCCUAGAGCUGCUUUUUUGAGUAGAAAUUGCUAUGUUAAGCCCCAAAAAGUCGAUGAAUUUGGAUGUUUUUUUAUAAGAUAUCAAGUGUAAUAUAAAAUCUUUGGGGUUUUGUGGUGCAGUUGAUGUAUAAUAGGAAUAAUGGGCUUGUAAGUGAAGGCAUUCGAUUUUGAAUGUUAUUUGAGAACGUUUUGUGUUGUGGAAUUAGUAUUUUUUGAUAUCAAGUGUAAUGUAAUUUUUGGCCGAUUGAUGACAUAAAAUUACUAACUGAUGUUUAAAAAUUAAAGAAAAUGUAUUUUCUUGCAGUCCGAAAGCCAUCAAACGCUAAAUUUGGCAAAAAAUCGACCUUGAGGUCAAGUGUAAUAUAAAGUAAUAAUAUAAAAUUUCAGAUGAGAUCCGUACCGGCACCUACAAGCAAUUGUUCCACCCUGAACAACUCAUCAACGGCAAGGAGGACGCGGCCAACAACUACGCGCGCGGCCACUACACCGUCGGCAAGGAGAUCAUCGACACCGUCCUGGACCGUGUCCGCCGUACCGCCGACAACUGCUCCGGCCUUCAGGGCUUCCUGAUCUUCCACUCGUUUGGCGGCGGAACCGGCUCCGGCUUCACUUCCCUCUUGAUGGAACGCCUCUCCGUGGACUACGGGAAGAAGUCGAAGCUCGAGUUCUCCAUCUACCCCGCGCCGCAGGUGUCGACGGCCGUGGUGGAGCCCUACAACUCGGUCCUCACCACCCACACCACCCUGGAGCACUCGGACUGCGCCUUCAUGGUCGACAACGAGGCCAUCUACGACAUUUGUCGCCGCAACCUGGACGUGGAGCGACCCAGCUACACCAACCUGAACCGACUCAUCUCGCAGGUGGUUAGCUCGAUCACUGCCUCCUUGAGAUUCGACGGAGCCCUCAACGUGGAUCUGAACGAGUUCCAGACCAACUUGGUCCCAUACCCAAGAAUUCACUUCCCUCUGGCCACGUACGCCCCAGUAAUCUCCUCCGCCAAGGCCUACCACGAGUCGAUGAGCGUUGCUGAAAUCACCAACGCUUGUUUCGAGACCCAAAACCAGAUGGUCAAGUGUGAUCCGCGGCACGGAAAAUACAUGGCCGUCUGUUUGUUGUACCGCGGAGAUGUGGUCCCCAAGGAUGUGAACGCGGCCAUUGCCACCAUCAAGACCAACCGAUCCAUCCAGUUUGUCGAUUGGUGCCCAACUGGAUUCAAGGUAAGGAUUUUUUGGGGGAUUUGGGAGGCUUAGGAUUGAGGUGGGCUAAAGUAAUAUUGUUGGUCAUGGUGAAUACAGAAAUUGUGUUAAUUUCCGGAAACUUGUGUUUUUGAGGCUAAAUUUGAUGGAAUAGCAAGCUAGUUGGCUGAGAAAGAGUAUUUCUUAAAGUGAAUGACAAAAAUCGCGAUUUUUUAUAUUAUUCAUGCCACUAAGUCAUCUUUUUGAAAUAUUUCUUUGAAACGCCAACUAUUUUGGGGAAUUUGAAGCCUCUUAGUCAUAACUAGAAUAGUAAUGCAGUCUCCAAUAAUUUCAACUCAAAACUCCAUCAUAAAUUAUGUUAUCCAUGCUUCAGGUCGGUAUCAACUACCAGCCCCCAACCGUCAUCCCCAACGGAGAUUUGGCCAAGGUUCCGCGUGCCGUGUGCAUGCUGUCCAACACCACUGCUAUCGCCGAAGCCUGGGCCCGCCUCGACCACAAGUUCGACUUGAUGUACGCGAAGCGCGCGUUCGUCCACUGGUACGUGGGCGAGGGCAUGGAGGAGGGAGAGUUCUCCGAGGCCCGCGAAGACUUGGCCGCCCUCGAAAAGGACUACGAAGAGGUCGCCAUCGACUCCACCGACGCCGCUGGCGACGAAGAUGAAUAUUAA